GGGUUUUUGUCACCGCUUCAGAUUUCUGCUUCGUUGCGUUCUCUCCGCUGUGGCCGCACCCUCACUCUCGUCAACAUGGGCCCCUCUCUUCUUGGCCAGAGAUUUCUCUGAAUUUGCUGCGGUCUUCAGGUUUCUUAUUCUCCCGAUCAUUGUUUCGAGGGUUCUUCAUUGAUGGAGAAAAGCGCCUCUUUUCUGUUUGCCGGGACGAGCUUCAAUAAGAAGAAGUUCGCUUCCGAUUUCGCUAGGUUUAAGGAUGGGAAAGAAAACGAUGAAUCGAGCAAGGAACUGAGCUUCUUUGAGGAAGAGGAACCCCGACCAGAGAAGAAACUUGUGUCAACAAAGAAGAGGAAACGGAAAUCUGCUCAUUCAGAAACUGUUGAGGGGUUUGAAGUGUUCAAGAGCUCGAAGAAAGUAUCUGCUAAGGCUGGUGAUGAAGAGCAGAGAGAGGAGGAUGAGAUAGCCGAUAACCCAAAGAAGGAAUUUUAUCGUCAAAUGGAGCGAGAUGCUUUGUUUCGGAAAAAGUACAACAUUCAUGUCUCUGGGAGAAACAUUCCGUCCCCACUUAGAAGCUUCAUGGAAUUAGCAUCGAGGUAUGGUUGUAAGCGAUACAUCUUGCGGAAUUUGGCUGAACAUGGAUUCAAAGAGCCAACUCCAAUCCAGAGGCAGGCCAUUCCAAUCCUCCUAUCUGAUCGUGAAUGCUUUGCCUGUGCUCCAACUGGGUCAGGGAAAACCUUUGCUUUCAUAUGUCCAAUGCUUAUAAAUCUUAAGCGCCCUUCAACCGAUGGUAUAAGAGCCGUUAUUCUCUCUCCUACUCGGGAGCUGGCUGCUCAAACUGCUAGAGAAGGAAAGAAACUUACAAAAGGGAGCAAGUUUAGAAUCAAAAUAAUGACCAAAGUCCUUGUCAAAACUGCUGAUUUCUCAAAGCUUCACUGUGAUAUUCUAGUGUCGACGCCAUUGCGGUUACAAAGGGCUAUCAAGACCAAAAAGAUUGACUUAAGCAAGGUUGAAUAUCUUGUCCUCGAUGAAUCUGACAAGCUGUUUGAGCUGGACUUGGUAAAGCAGAUUGAUUUUGUGGUUAAGGCCUGUUCCAACCCUUCGAUUGUACGUUCAAUGUUCAGUGCUACUCUGCCGGAAUUUGUCGAGGAGCUUGCAUGUUCUAAGAUGCACGAUGCUGUUCGGGUGAUUAUUGGCCGCAAGAACACAGCUUCGGAGACUGUUAAGCAAAAGCUGGUUUUCGCUGGAAGUGAAGAAGGAAAACUUCUUGCUCUUCGUCAAAUCUUUGCAGAGAGUCUGAAUCCACCUGUACUGAUCUUCCUGCAAAGCAAGCAACGAGCAAAGGAACUCUACGACGAACUGAAAUAUGACAACAUCAGAUUUGGUAUCAUCCAUUCUGAUCUCUCUCAAGUAGAGCGUGAAAAUGCUGUCGAUAAUUUCAGAGCCGGCAAAACAUGGGUUCUGAUUGCCACUGACGUGAUUGCCAGAGGUAUGGAUUUCAAAGGUGUCAACUGCGUUAUAAACUACGAUUUUCCGGAUUCUGCUUCAGCUUAUAUCCACAGAAUAGGACGGUCUGGGAGAGCGGGAAGAAGCGGAGAAGCCAUAACGCUCUACACGGAAGAAGACACGCCUUUUCUGCGCAAUAUAGCCAAUGCAAUGACUGCGUCGGGCUGUGAGGUCCCGUCUUGGAUAACAUCUAUGCCGAAGAAAAAGUGGAGGAAGCAUCGGCCAAGGCGAGACUCCAUCUCUACCCGCCCCAAAGAUGAUAUCGAUGAUGAACACUAAGUAUUAUUAGUGUUCUUUCCGGAUCACAAAAGGUUUGUGUAAUGUUUUUUGUUUUUUGUGGUGUGGACAACUUGAGAGAUUUGAUUAGGUUUGUUUUAAGUGACUCUUUCCGUUUGUUUCAAACUGACGUUAAUUGUUCUUUCAAAUAGCUUAAAGAUAAUC